AUGUCUGAAAAAUCUCAGAACUCAAACAGUAGAUAUGAGUCAAUUAGGGUUCCGAUCCUUAAGGCAUCUGAGUAUCCUGUCUGGAAGGUGAAGAUGGUCAUGUUUCUGGAAGCCACGGAUCCAGAAUACUUGGAUAUGAUUUAUGAUGGUCCACACAUGCCAACCAAGCUCUCUGUUGCAGUUGGAGAUGAACCUCAGAAGAUGAUUCCCAAAGAAAAGAAGGAUUAUACUCCUGAAGAUAUCUCAUCAAUUAGCAAGGAUGCAAAAGUGAAGCACUUACUGCAUAGUGCUCUUGAUAAUGUUAUGUCCAACAGGGUGAUUGGAUGCAAAAUUGCAAAAGAAAUAUGGGAUGCUUUGGAAAUCAGAUAUCUGUAUGACAGAUUUGUUAAGUUGCUGAAUGACUUAUCCUUGGUGGAUAAAGAGUGUGAUUUGGAAGACUCAAAUCUCAAAUUCCUACUAGCUCUUCCUGAAAAAUGGGAUUUAAAGAGAAACAAAAGAUAUGGAGGGAAACCCAAGCAUGUAGCUCUAAAAGUUCAAGAAGAAACUGCUGUGAAAAACAAAGGAAAAGCUCAUGUCACAAAACCUGACACUGAGUCAUCAAACUCUGAUGAUAACUCAAACUCUGAUAUUCCCUCAGACUCUGAGGACAAUGACACUGAGAUGAUGCAUCUGGCAGCUUUGAUGGUCAAAAGCUUCAAGAAGAUAGCUUACAAGAACUUCAACAAGGGAAAGAAGUUUACAAGGAAGGACGGAAACUCUGACAGAAAAGGUUUCAAGAAGAAUGAGGGUAAGGAAGAAAAAUCUGGAAAAUCUGUUAAGUCUAAGUUUACCUGCUUCAACUGUGGUGAAAAGGGUCACUUUGAAACUAAGUGGAAGAAAGCCAAGAAUGAAAAAGGACAAGCUUUCAUCACCAAGAAAGGAAACUGGGCAGAUUCAUCAGACACAGAAGAAGAAGUCAACUAUGCCUUAAUGGCAAACACUGAUAACAGCUCUGAGACUGUUGAAACAAAGUUACCUCACUCCACUCUUGCCUUUAAUACUGAAGAUAUAACUGAGUUAAGAUUAUUUCUUAAAAGCUUGCAUAUCAGUUUUAGAGAUCAGACUUUAGAAAAUGAAAGAUUAAAAUUUGAAGUCUUAGAUGUAAAGAAAAGGAAUGAUUAUCUUGACAAAGAAUUAGUCCAGAUGUUAGAAGUUCAGAAAGAAAGAGAUGAUGUUGUUUUUGUCAAAAAUGAAUUAUUAAAGAAACAUGCAUCUUUUGAGUCAGAACUUGCUAAGGAGAGAGAUAUAAUAAAAACAUGGACAAAUUCAGGAAAAACUGCUCAGAAUAUCUUAGGUAGUGGAAAUUGGAAGAAAGGAUUAGGUUAUACUGAUAAAUAUGAAGCUGAGCCAACCAAACCAGAGAAGAAUAAGGACAUAAAUACUAUGUCUCCCAAAUCAGAAGUUAAGACUAGAAAUGACAACAUGAAAAAUAUUCUAAAUCUGGACAGUGGAUGCUCAAGACAUAUGACUGGAAAUAAGGCCCUGCUAUCAGAAUUUAUGGAGAAGGCUAGCCCAAAUGUUUCUUAUGGAGAUGGCAACAUAGGGAAAACUUUGGGAUAUGGGAAUAUCAAUUUUGGAAAUAUCAUCAUUGAAUCUGUAGUCAAAUCUAUGACAAAAGAUUUCAUGUCAAUUUCUUUGAAGAACACUGUGAAGUUGUUAGAAAAAGCAAUGGAAAAGUUGUUCUAA